AUGAUGCAACAUGAUGAUCACCGUCUCAUCUACCGCUAUGAUGGCGAACAGGUGUGGAUUGAGCCAUGGGGCCCGGAUGCAUUUCGAAUCCGGGCAACCAAGGCCCAUGUGAUGCCAUCGGAAGCAUGGGCUCUCGAAGAGAAACCUUCCAGCAUUUCAUCGGCCCCUCAGUUAUCUAUCGCUGAUGAUGGUUCGGCUACAAUUACGAAUGGCAAUGCUAAAGCGUGCAUCUCAAAACGAGGGAAGAUUACUGUGAUCAACUCCAGCGGCAAGGUCGUUCUCGAAGAGUACGCCAGAAACAGACGCGACCUCCUGGAUGCAAAGUGCAGUGCCAUAGAAGUCGAAGCCCGCGAGUUCAAACCUCUCCGGGGAGGCGACUACCAUCUCACCAUGCGCUUUGAGAGCCUGGAUACAGACGAACGCAUUUUCGGCAUGGGGCAAUACCAGUUGCCGCACUUGGAUUUGAAAGGUCUCGACCUCGAACUUGCACACCGAAAUUCGCAGGCCAGCGUGCCCUUUGCGCUUUCGUCUCUGGGAUAUGGCAUACUGUGGAACAACCCAGCUAUCGGUCGAGUGGUGUUCGGCAAGAACACGACAUCCUUCGAGGCCUACGCUACGAAGGUUCUGGAUUAUUGGGUCGUUGUCGCUGACACGCCGGCUCAGAUUGUGGAGAGGUAUGCCGAUGUUGCUGGCAAAGCACCUAUGAUGCCGGAACACGGUCUUGGUUUCUGGCAGUGUAAGCUUCGAUAUGAAACCCAGGACGGGCUGUUGGAGGUUGCAGAAGAGUAUCGACGCCGAGAACUGCCCCUUGACCUGAUCGUGGUGGAUUUCUUUCACUGGCCAAUGCAGGGCGAGUGGAAAUUUGACCCCGUCUACUGGCCUGACCCAGACGCCAUGAUCAAACGCCUCAACGCUUUGGGGGUCGAGUUGAUGGUCUCUAUUUGGCCGACCGUUGACCAGAGAUCAUCCAACUUUCAAGAAAUGCUGGAGCAAGGCUUUCUUGUUCGAACCGAGCGAGGAGUUCGGACAAACUUCGAAUUUGAGGGUCAGACUGUUUACUAUGAUCCCACGAAUCCUGAUGCACGUCGAUACGUCUGGAACAAGGCAAAGGAGAAUUACUACACCAAGGGCAUCAAAACGUUCUGGCUCGACCAAGCCGAGCCGGAAUAUUCAGUCUAUGAUUUCGACAAUUAUCGCUACUUUCUAGGGCCAAACUUGCAAGUUGGUAACAUCUACCCUCGCGAUUACGCGCGCACGUUUUUUGAUGGCAUGAGGGAGUCUGGACAAGAGAACCCCGUCAACCUUCUCAGGUGCGCCUGGGCGGGUAGUCAGAAGUAUGGUGCUCUUGUCUGGAGCGGCGACAUCGCCUCAUCUUGGUCAAGCUUCCGCAACCAAUUGGCUGCUGGACUCAACAUGGGAAUUGCUGGUUUGCCAUGGUGGACGACCGACAUUGGCGGAUUUCAUGGUGGCAUCCCGGAAGAUGAAUCAUUCCGCGAGCUUUUUGUCAGAUGGUUUCAAUGGGGUACUUUCUGUCCCGUGAUGCGGUUGCACGGCGACCGCGAGCCCAAGAGCGGCAACCUGUCCUCCAGCAGCGGAGCGCCCAAUGAAGUCUGGUCCUAUGGGCCGGCUGUGUAUGAAAUCUGUCGGAAGUAUCUGCUCAUUCGUGAACAGCUGAGGAGUUACACUCGACGGCUUAUGGCUGAGGCUCACGAAAAGGGCUCUCCGGUCAUUCGCCCCCUAUUUUACGAAUUUCCUAACGACGCGCAAUGCUGGAAGCUCGCGGCGACGCAGUACAUGUAUGGAGAUGCGUAUCUAUGCUGCCCCGUUGUCGAGAAAGACAUGAGGAAGAUGAAGGUCUAUCUCCCGAUUUUGGAAUCUGAAGAACAAUGGACUUCUUUUACUGACGUUCAGUCCGAAAUGCGAACUUGGGAGGGUGGCUCGACUGUCGAGGUAGACUGUCCCUUGGAGUUGAUGCCGGUCUUUGUGAGGAAGUCGAGAGCGCAGAUGACACUGGAGAGUUGA